UUAUUCCGGAAGUUUCCUUUGGGAAGCAAGCUGGUUGAAGUCAGUACUUCUGCCUUUCUCCCAGGUGAACAUCUCGUUGUCCAACAUGAUAGUGUUCAUUUUCUUGGCUGCGAGGCUGAGUUCAGAAAAUGAAUCCUCUUCCCAGACGAAUGGCUGUGUACAUUUAGUGCAGCAAUGCUUGAUUGAUGCAAAAGGCUGUGAGCAGUCAUGGAGAUCAGUGGAAGACACCUGCCUCAUUCCAGGUGACUCCUGCAAGAUAAAUAACUCAUCACAUUGUAACCUGAGUAUCCAGUCUUUGGUGGAAAAAAAUUUCCAGCUUAAAGAAUGUCUUUGUGUCGAUGACCUCCACUGUACAGUGAACAAACUUUUUGGGAAAAAAUGCAUCAAUCAGACAGAGGAGACAGCAGGGUCUUCCGAUCGGGUGCUGCUGUCAAACGUUCCACGACGGUUCCAGAGGAAAGGUUCAUCUUUAACGGCCGAGAGGACGGACGGCUGCAUCGCAGCAGCAGAGGCCUGCCGGGAAUCUGAGCACUGCACUCGGCUCCAUGAGAACUUUAAGAAAGCCUGUGGCAAAGGAACUGCACAAUGCCACACCCUUAGCGGCCGACUGUUGUGUGUCUCCCUGAGAGAGAGCCUGAGAGACACGGUUUUGUGGGGCUGUCAGUGUGGUUUCCCUUUGGAAGGAGACUGCAUUCGGAUUUGGAAAAGCUUAUUUGAAGACAUUUGCAUCCAGGAUACUCAAAUCAAUCAAAUUCCCACCGUCAGUCAAGACAAGGAACAUGGACUCCAGGAGGACAUGGCUUCGGGUAACAUGAAAAAGGAUAAUAAUCACAACUGGGAUCUAACUACCCCUUUGCAUCAUGGAUUCAAACAGAUGCAGUCUUGUUUGGAAGUGACAGAGGCAUGCGUAGGGGAUGUGGCUUGUAAUGCACAAUUGGCCCUUUACCUUAAAGCAUGCUCAGCAAAUGGAAAUCUGUGCGAUGUGAAACAUUGCCAAGCAGCCAUACGGUUCUUCUAUCAAAAUAUGCCUUUUAACACUGCCCAGAUGUUGGCUUUUUGUGACUGCGCUCAAUCUGAUAUACCCUGUCAGCAGUCCAAAGAAACUCUUCACAGCAAGCCAUGUGCACUGAACAUAGUUCCACCCCCCACUUGCCUCAGUGUAAUUCACACUUGCCGAAAUGAUGAAUUAUGCAGGGCACACUAUCGGACAUUCCAGUCAGAAUGCUGGCCCCGUGUGACAGGGAAGUGCCAGGACGACGAGACCUGCAUCAGCACAUUAGGCAAGCAAGACCUUACUUGUUCUGGGAGUGACAGCUGUAAGGCCGCCUACCUGAAAACCUUUGGGACAGCCCUUCAAGUGCCAUGUGCUUGCAGGAGCAUCACGCAGAACGAAGAACCUUUGUGCAUGGCUCUCCAGCACAUGCUUCAUAUCAAAUCAUGUUUCAAUUAUCCAACUCCUAAUGUCAAAGACAUUACCUCAUAUAAAAGAAAGCAUUCAAAGGAAGUUACUCUGACUGGGUUCAAGUCUCCCUUCAAUGGAGACCUAGUCUAUGCUGUCCUGUGCAUGAUUGUUACCUGUGGACUUCUUUUCUUGGUGAUGCUCAAGCUGAGGAUAUCAAGUAAAAAAAGAGAUCCCUCACCUAUGGAAAUAGCUGGAGGUGUCAUCACUCAGUGAGCCACAGAUCACUAUCAAGUCCAAGUUUUUGUAGUAAACCAAUGGAGAAUUACAUUUGCCAAUAAUACGAUUUAAGAUGGAUUUGAUGAUAUUCAGUCAUUAUAUACAACAAUGCCUGGCACAGUAAUGUAGCAUAAUCACCACAGAUCUGCUCUUUUUCCUAAAAAUAUUUGAGUAAAUACUUGUAGUGAUGUCAUAACUAGUUGAUAACAUUUCCUUUGGAGACAAAAAGUACCAUCUAAAAAGGUAGCAUUUUUUUUUUUGCUUGAAUGAUAUCAGUGCAAAUAUCAAAUUUUCUCAUAAUAUGAUUUAAUGUAGUUAGAGUAUGUAUUUUUUUCUGAGCAAUUAUAUAGUUUCCCAUUAACUUGAUCAAAUGAAAAUGCUAAUGAGAAUGCUGAAUAUAUUUGUUAUUUGCAUAUUCUUACUUUGUGUAUAAUCAUUAAACAAAUCAUUAACAUUAAACAUAUUUAGUUAGAUGAUUGGUUCUAAAAAUAAAAACUGACACCUUAUGAAUUUUAUAAUUUAAAUCGUAUUGAAUUUUACUUUUAGUUUAGUGUCUUAAUGUCCAUAAACACAUAAAGCAACUACAGUGACUGCGAAAAGUCACCCCAAUAAUGAUGUAUUUUGUGAAUUUAAUUUUUCUUUGCUGAUUAAUCAUCAUGAAAUUCUGUAAUAAUAAAGCCAUA